UAUAGCUCAUUUGACACAAAAGUCAGAGACUAGCUGUUGCCAAACAAAUUGUAGUAUCGAGGAGCUCAGAUCUAUCUGUCUAGUAUCAUAGAGUCAUAGUUGGACGGUUUUACAGAGGCCAUUUAGUCCAACCACCACAAGCAAUAUUUUUCUCCACAGGAAUAAAUUGGGACAUUCCGGAAACAGAGAAUUUGUAAAAAUAUUGGAACUUAUUAUAUAUCUAUGUAUACAUAUGUAGACAUGAUAACAGGCUAGUUAAACCAGCCCCAUAAAACAAAGGGCCCCAUGGAGAUCCCCCAAAUAUAAGAACAUACAUUUAGCAAGAAAAUAAACAGAAACAUUUUAAUAAGGAGACAAGCAACUGUUCUGCAAACAAAAAACAUUCUAAUAAGAUGUUUCUGUGUAAACUGAUCCAAACAACAACAAGGAAAGGAUGUCACGUCCUGAGGAAGCACCCAUGACUUAGGGGAUAUAAAAACUCCAGGGCACAAGGCAAUGUUCAGACUUGGGUAACUCCCUCCCUGCAGCUUAGAGACUUACAGAAAUAAGUAGCUCCAAGAUGUCUGGCAGCUGCUGUUCUGGGACUUGUGCCAUGGUUCCAACCAUCUCUAUCUGCUCAUCAGAGGUGAGCUGUGAAAGUCCCACCAUCUGCCUGGCCACUUCCUGCCCAAGUCCAACAUGGCAGCUAGUUAGUUGUGAAGAACCAUGCAGCACAUCCUCAAGCUGUGCCCCAAGUUGCUGUGAAUCCUCUUGUUGUGAGCCCAGCUGCUGCCAGCCAGUCUGCUGUGAGCCCACUCCAUGUGAACCAUCCUGUUGUGAGCCCAGCUGCUGCCAGUCCAUCUGCUCUGUGCCCACUUGCUGCCAACCAGUCUGCUCUGUACAAGCUUGUUGCCAGCCUGUUUGCUGUGAGACCAGUACUUGUGAGCCAUCUUGCUCUGUGUCCACUUGCUGCCAACCAGUCUGUUCUGUACAAGCUUGCUGCCAGCCCAUUUGCUGUAAGACGAGUUCUUGUGAGCCAUCUUGCUCUGUGCCGACUUGCUGCCAAACAGUCUGCUCUGUGCCUGCUUGCUACCCACCCAUAUGCUCUGAGUCCAGUUGCUGCCAGCCAGCUUCUUGUGUGACACUGGUCUGUGAACCUGUCUGCCAUCGUACCAUCUGCUGCCUACCCAGUCCUUGUGAGUCAACUUGUGUAGCCCAAGAGCCUUCCUGUUGUAUUCCCAGCAUCUGCCCAUCAGCCUGCUGUCAACCCACCCCUUGCCAACAAAGUGUCUGCCUGCCCAGUCCAUGUCAACCAUCUUGCUAUGUAGUAAGACGCUGCCAGUCAAUUUGCUGUGAACCCAUUUCCUGCAGACCAACUUGUGUGCCAACUUCCUGCAGACCAACCUCCUGCCAACCACUCUGCUGCCAGCCGGGGUCUUCUGCCUCUGUUGUCUGCCGGCCAGCUUGCUCCCGACCCACUUUCUAUGUGCCCAGUUCCUGUAGGCCACCUUGCAUUGCCUCUACUUCCUACCGCCCCACUUGUUACCGUCCCAUCUGUUCCUCUCCUCUGAGCUGCAGACAGCCUUACUUGACUUCUCUUUAUCGCCCAAGUUGCUACCGCCCAAGCUACUCCCUACCCUUUCUGCGCAGACCAGCCUGUGUCACCUCCGUUGCUUCUCGGCCGGCAUGCUGUCAGCCGGUUUGCUCCGAGCCAAGCUCCCCUUGUAAGCCGACUUGUGAAAAGUGCACUUCCAGUCAGCCAGAUGGUUCUGAGUCCACUCCCUGCAAACCAGCUGGCUCAGAGGCUAGUCCUAGUGAGCCGACAUGCUCAGUGACCACUUCCUGCACUCCCACCAGCCCAACCACCUGCGAGUCAGCUGCUGGCAAAGCAGAGGACGGCAAAUCAUCUGGCUGCUGCUCUAGAUCCUGCAGAUCCAGGCAUUAGGAAACAAGGUUCAUCUAUGAAGACAAAAGCCUCUGGCCCCACAAAGGUUGGGUGAAUAGUUAGGGCAUUUCUGAACCCCACCUCCAUCCCUUACCCUAUUCUGCUUAUGCCAUAACAGCUCUGUAUGUGAUUUAACACUCAAGAUGAAGACCCAGUUAGGAAUGGAAACAAGUGCAUCUGGUAUCCUUGUUAGAGGCUGCUAUCAAACUAUGGAGAGGUGAAUGGUGUCUCUUGUCUCCUGGCCCAUCCUUUUCAUUUCAGAAGCUUCUUCUGGUCUGCAUGGGUCCCUUGAAGCCUGUUUCCUGUAUUUCAGGUCCAUGAUGUUCUUUUAGAUAUAAGAAAUUUCUCUUGUUUUCAAAUAAAAU